GGAGUGCAGAGAGGAUUGCGGCGUACAUGGGACGGACAGCAAAAGGUCCCGUGGGAAGGCAGCACUGGUCCUAGCGCUUUGCAAGAUGACCGCUCCGCCUUGAGGGCGUGGGAGAUGUGAAGCCAGCCAGUAGCACGGCUCUCCUCCUCCGCUCGCACACCGCAGGGGCCGAAGCAGCAGCGGCGCCAGCGCCGGCGGCGGAGCGAUGGGCUCUCAGAUAAAUGCGCAAUUUGAUUCUCAUAAGACUUUACAAGCUUUGGUGUGGUAUGCUGCUGUUACAUUACUCUGCAGGGCACAUGUGGAUAUAGAGACAAAAAAGAACCAAAAGGCAGAGGUGGGCAGCAAUGCAACCUUAAGAUGUGUCCUGAGGAAGCCACAUGACAUUGUACAAGUUACGUGGCAGAAGAAAACAAGCCCAUUCCCUGAAAAUGUGGCUACUUACCAGAAAAAUUCUUCAAAGGUUCAAAACCCGUACCGGGGGCGAUUAGAUAUUACAGGCACGUCACUGGAUGAUACAGCCAUCACCUUUUGGGGAGUUAGAAUCCAGGACAAUGGAUGCUAUAAGUGCCUCUUUAACACCUUUCCAGCUGGAUCCUUUGGAAAGGAAACCUGCUUGACUGUUUAUGAGCCACUCAGGAUAUCUGUCAGCUACAGCCUCUCUGAAGGUCACCUGAUGGCCAACUGUUCUGCUAGUGCCUGGCCUCGUCCUACUAUCACUUGGCUUGGGCUAGAAAAUCAGAAUAAGAAGACAGAAGAGAAAGUCAGUGACCUGAAUGGAACAGUGCUUGUUACUAGUCACCUCUAUAUCAACAACUCUGAAAGCCUAGUUGGGCAUAACCUCACCUGCAGAGCAAGUUCCAUGGAUGAAGACAAAACCUCAUCUGUGAAAGUGGAAGGGAGAUGGUCACAUUCAGUUCCUGUAGCAGUUUCAGUAGUGUGUGUUGUCAUACUUCUGGUCAUGACUGUGAUUCUGCUAGUGGUGUGCUGGAAGAGACACAAGACAAAGCAAAGUGAAAGGGGAAUGACACUAUGGCUGGGGAUAGACAUUCAAAAAGCCUGAGCCUGAAUUGAUUCAAUCUUUUCAGACUGGAAUGCCUAAUCUGACUGCAUCUCCCAUUAAAUUCUUAUUGAGGAGAGGAUAUCAGAGUGCAUCAUACGAGUUAAAGGCUAGAUGGGAAGUCUGGAUGACAGAGGACAAGAAGAACAAUUGACCUUCAGCUCCCAGGAGACAGCAUAUUGUGGCAGACUGCAAAUGAUUUUCAGCAAAAUAUGCAUUUAAUUUAAAUCCAGUUUUCUGGAUUUAACAUUUCUGUUGGACAAUAUUUCACUACCCACCACCCAAAGCAUUGCGUACCCAGAUUAUGCUGUAAAGAAUGAGGUAAUUAUAUGAUUAAUUGUCUUUUGUUUGUUUUGUUAAACCUCACUGAAACACUGCCUAGUCUAGGAUAACUUCCAGGAAAAAUAUCUAGUCCUUGCAGGCAAAUUUACUAAUCCUUUGAUCUUAUUUUGUUCAUAGAAUUGUAAGAGAGUAAGGCUGGAAGGGAUCUCAUUAGGUCAUCUUGUCCGCCCCCUGUUCAAGGGAGGAACUUCCCUAUGUAUAGCCAAGUCUAACCUGUUCCUGAAAAUUUCCAAGAAUUGCAAUUCCACAGCUUCUUUAGGUAGCUUGUUCCAGUGCUUGACCACACUCAGGCCCCUGGCAAACAUUUAAAUAAAGACGUGGUGGGAUCUGAUUGGCAAUCAUAACAAUCACGCCUCUUACCACACUACUUGUGCAUGGUAGGAGGUGUGAUUGUGGGAUUGGGGAUCAAAUCCAACCAUGCCAUAUAGCCGAUACAGGGGGAGCUCUUGACUCCCGUACACCCAGAGGUUAGGAGCAGCAAUCUUCUGAUCAGAGCUCCCGUCCUCAGGAACACAUCCGUUAAUUUUUUAUUGCCUCCAAUCAUUUCUGUUAUUCUGUCGUAGACUCUGUCCAAUCUGUUCAUAUCUUUCUUUGAAGUGCAGGGCCCAAAACUGGACACAGUGCUCCAGGUGAGGCCUCACCAGUGAGUGGAAGAAGCUUUUCCCUUCAUUUGCAAGAGAUGUAUAACCCAGUAUUGGUGUUAGCUUUUGAAAUGGUUUGAUUAAAAAUAAUGACUGACAGUUUAGAGUGGUAGGUAGAAAUAAUUUGUGAAAUCUCUGCAGGGGUUUCUUGUAGGACACUGCCUUUCAUCUGCAGUUACUGGCCCUGAGUAAAAGAUUUUCCUUGGGUUCCUAUUAGAUUGCCAGUGACUUAGUGUCCAAUCUGCCCUUGAUGAUAUUACCUGAAAGGACUGCCUAAUCAGUAAAUCCUUAUUUCAGGUCUGCAAUAGAAAGUAACUCUCACCCUACUGAGGAGAGAAUGCCAAUAGGUGUGUGUGUGGGGGAGGCAGGGGUUGAGUUGCUCCAAAUUCUAAUUAGUCUGGACAUUUUUUAAGCAAAUUUGUUACGCAAAGUUUGAGCUUCCUUUUUAUAUUGUAGAUAGCAUAACUGUCUGGAGAAGCUUCUUUAAUAGUGCUUUUUAAUGUCUUAUAUCUGGUGUAGCUGUAGCGAAAGGUUUGUUUUUGAUUUUGGAAGAAGGAUUACAACAGUUCUUUUUUCUGUACAAUGCUUUGCUUGUCCUUUGUAUAUUGCUUGCCUUUGGAAUAUUUCUUCAUAUUUCUCAACAAUAGAAGCUAAAUAUAGCUAAAUAUGCCUUCAUAUUUCUCAACAGUAGAAGAGCUAAAGGUUGCUUUUACCAUAGUAAUAUAGAGCUAGUAUUAUCACGGUUCUUGAGCUAAAAAUGACACCCAUUAUGACACUUCCAGCCUCCCUUCCUAUGACCGCCCCAGAUGUAUUAUGUAUAGUUUCCUCACAAGGAAAUGUCUCAUUACCCAUAAAGUUGUGACCAUGAAAUCUUAAUUUGGAACUGCCACUGUGUCCUCUGAGGUGGAUUAAUUACAUUUUUUGUCCUUGUGUGGAUUUUUGGACUCAACCCAUUGAUUUUCUGCAAUUUCAAAAAUGUGCUCUCCUCCAGUUGGGAGUUGUUCUGGCUCCCUAUUAAAAAGAAUCUUACAUCAAUCAAAGAAAUUAAAUAGACAUGCUCCUUGACACCUUAUAUACUUGAAGGGGUGAUUUUGAGGUAAGGCAGCUAAUCACACCCCCUCCAAAGAGAAAUAUUUUAUAGUGCCACAGAACAUAGAGAAUUUUUGCAUCUAUUCUUGGUUUAAUGAUACACUAUUCCUAUACUGCUUUCCUACUUUCUUUAGUGCCCCUUUAAAAAAUUAAUUAUGAGGGGGCAGCUACUAACGUAUCUACUGAUAUCAGUCGUGUCUGCUAGCAUUGCUACCAGGAUGGUUUACGGGCAUUUGUUCAAUUCAUUCUAGCUAAGUCCUCCCUGCUUUCCACAGUUUUCCCUGCCUAUCAAAAAGGAAGAAGAAAGUGAGCAGUGUUAGGGCUACUUUUAGGGAGUUUCUAGAAAGCAAAAAAUGCUGAGGAAAGUAAGUAGAACAGAGUGGGAGGAUGAGUAGGGAGCAGAGGAGCAAAAGCAUCAUGGGAAAUCCAACUAGGUAAGGUAACCUUGAGGUGACAGUAUCCAUGUCUAGAAGCUGCAACUGUGCAGCUAAAGGAAACAUUCAGUUUCAGAACAUUUGCAUUAUGAAGAGACUGCAGGCAAAAGUAUCUGCAGAGAAGACCAGGAAUACACGCUGUCAUCCUGGUAGCUAGUCAAUACUGUAAAUACUAUAGCUUGUUGCAAGUUGGGCUUUCAGAACACAUAACAAGCAGUGGGCAAUGAGGAAUAUCAGGCUCAAAUGCUUCUCCUAGUUGCAUUGCUCUAAUAUCAAAAUAGCUCAUUUUAAAUUCAUAGAUUUACUUUGAUUUGACUAAGAUUUAACCCAAGCCUAUUAAAUUGUUUAUGCAAAUGAUGCACUUGUUUCCAGAAGCACCAAGAAUUACUUAAAAAUACAUAUUCUAAUUUGCCAGGUGUACCAUUGAGCGUAUCUUGCUGCUUGCAUAUGAAACCCAUCAGAACUGGUCUUGGUUGUAUAAAGGAGAAUUUUGUAUGUUGCUGCUUGUAAUUAAGAAUGAGAUCAAAGGACCUGUGCAAAGAGCCAGCACCAGGCCCCUAUAUCCCUUAAGACAUUGCAGUAAAAAUUGUUUUGGUGUUGUACAUAGAGCAGGAUUUUACAGCAAAUGAUUGUUUAAUUUCCCCUCACUCACACCAAUUUUGGGUUCUUGUUUUUGGUUUCUUAUGGUUCCAUUCAGAUAACGUAAGACUUUGUAACCAGGUAGAAAAUGUCUGGCAGCUAACAUGGAACACAAAUUAGUAUCCUUUUAACAUAUAAACAGUUGUUUCACUGUUUCAAAUCCCCUUUUAAUUCCUCAUAAAAAUACUUACAUAUGUCAUACUCUGAGAUAUUUGUUUCUUAGGUAGAAAGAAAAGAAAGAACAAAACCAAAAAAACUCUGCUGGUUCUAUGCUAUAUAGUACCAAAGUAAGAGAGGUGUUCCUGUCUCCUGUUUAUCUACACACAAUGUGAAAACUUUUGCAAUUCUGGGAUAUAUGUUUAAUCUAAUUUGAUAACUGUCUGCUUCUUUUGUUAUAUGAAUUUGAGUCUGCCUCCAAAUAAGUUGUUUGUCAUCAGAAUAAAUAUGGAUCAGAUAUCAGCCCAGUAGAAGCAACAUCAGAUAAUCUGGUAGCUAAUUCUUUUUGGCAAAUGUCAUAUUCCGUGUUGCAGAUUGUUGUGUUUUGUUUCAUAACAGGUUGUGUUGUGAGGAGCCUUUCUUUGGUAAAAGUAUCUCAUCAUGACGGGUAUUUGUAAGGCAUCUAAUUUUUAACAAUUAUUGAUGAAUGAAUUAAUGAUUGAAAUGUCUCAAUUUAUGCUCCCUGCAAAAAAACUGAGAGUCAAUUCUGAAAAAUUAGCCCUCUGUUCAACAAAAGUCCUUAUCUGUGCAUUUUUAUAAAAAGGGAAAAAAUAAAACCUCACUUUGGUUCACA